ACUAAGUUAGUCCCCGUUUGUAUACGCGUUGUUUUACCUUUCCUUCACUCAUACAAUAAUCAUAACUCUCUUUUUCUUUCUUUACACUUUAAAUACAAAACAAAAUUCCUCACAUCACAGAUCCAUCCAUGAACAAAACCUCACAAAAAUUCCAAUAAUACCCUUCCUUCCUUCCUUCCCAAAAAUGAAAGAAUCAAGCAAAACAUUCACAAUACUAUUAAUCUCAUCAUGGUAUUCAUCAAACAUUGGUGUAUUACUCUUAAACAAAUAUCUUCUAUCUAACUAUGGUUUCAAAUACCCAAUUUUCUUAACCAUGUGUCACAUGACAGCAUGUUCUUUAUUCAGCUAUAUUGCAAUUGCUUGGUUCAAAAUGGUUCCAAUGCAAUUCAUUCGUUCUAAUCUUCAAUUUAUUAAAAUUGCUACUUUGAGUUUGGUUUUCUGUGUUUCCGUCGUUUUUGGUAAUAUUUCCCUACGGUAUCUACCUGUGUCGUUUAAUCAAGCUGUUGGUGCUACUACUCCUUUUUUUACUGCCGUUUUUGCUUAUCUUAUGACGUUUAAGAGAGAAGCUUUUCUUACUUAUCUUGCUCUUCUUCCUGUUGUUACUGGUGUUAUCAUUGCUAGUGGGGGCGAACCGAGCUUUCAUUUGUUUGGAUUCAUAAUAUGUAUUGCAGCUACAGCGGCACGAGCCCUAAAAACAGUGUUACAAGGAAUUUUACUUUCUUCUGAAGGGGAGAAGCUGAAUUCUAUGAACCUUCUGCUGUACAUGGCUCCAAUGGCUGUUGUUUUCCUUCUUCCUGCUGCACUUUAUAUGGAAGAAAAUGUGGUUGGCAUCACGUUGGCUCUUGCUAGAGAUGAUCCAAAGAUCAUUUGGUACCUUCUAUUCAAUUCCUCACUAGCAUAUUUUGUCAACCUGACCAAUUUUUUGGUCACGAAACACACCAGUGCUCUCACUCUUCAGGUACUUGGGAAUGCAAAAGGAGCCGUAGCAGUUGUAGUUUCAAUUCUGAUAUUUAAAAAUCCAGUUUCAGUCACUGGAAUGAUGGGUUAUUCACUCACAGUACUCGGAGUUAUACUGUAUAGUGAGGCCAAAAAGCGAAGCAAGUGAUUCUGAUAAUGUGAAUACUCUAUACUUCGAUUUCAUCACUCCGCAGACAACCUCAAGAUUCUUUGAGGAACUAUAUAAGAAUUCUUUUGGCCUCACAUAGAAAGCCUCAUUGAAGUGGGGUUCUCCGUUGUAUUAGCAACUGUUCAGAAAUAGUUCAUGGUACAAAGUUCCAGUAGGUGAAUGUUCUCUCUACUAUACCCAUGAUGGGAUAUUGAGGAAUGUCUUUUAGUCAUUUAUUCUUUGAAGAAAGAGUUGUAAAUUUGGAUCUCUACUCAUUUGUUAUUUACAAUGCUUACAUUUGUUUAUCGAUGAGAAAUUUCAUAUUUUUGGUUGUAGUA